AUGAAGCGCCCUUCUUUUCUUCUUGUGAGCCUUUUGUUUUUGGCAAUUGGCAGCACUGUCAUAGAAGCCUUCCCCUUCACAGCCUCCUCUGGUGUUGUGGAGCUAACCCCUGCGACUUUCAACAGCUUCCUCGGCUCUCACAAACCCGUUUUUAUCCUUUUCUACGCACCGUGGUGUGGGCACUGCAAGCGCCUUCACCCGGAGUGGGAAAAGUUUGCCAAAUCUGUCGAGGGAAUUGUUCGUGUGGGUGCUGUGAAUGCCGAUGAGCACCAGCAACUUGGCCAACAAUUCAACCUGCGCGGUUUCCCUACGGUUAAGUUUUGGGGUUUGGGAGAAAAGCGUGCCAAUGCAGCUAUGGACUACGCCGGUGAGCGCAGCGCGGGAGCCAUUCAAUCGCAAGCCAUCAGUCUCAUCAAUGCACCAGGAAUCAAGACGGUGAAAAAAGCUGAGGAGCUACGCGAGGCGGCUCAGGCGGCACCAGAGAAGAAGGCUGUUGUACUAUUCAGUGCUAAAAGCCGCGUGCCGCCAAUUUAUGCCGUUCUUUCGCUCUCACCCCGACUCAAGUCGAUGCCGUUUUACUUUGCAGGGGAGCAAGAAAAGUCUGGAUUCGCUUCAGAAUUUGGCGUAAGUAAACUUCCAGCCAUUGUUGUCCUCAACACCACCGCUGGCGAAGUGAAGCCGGUGAUAUACCCGGGGAAGAAAGUUGCUUAUGAGCCCAUUGCAAAGUUUUUACUGGCCUGUGCAAACGAUGCUUACGAUGAGGCUAACUUCUCCUUGGAGGGUGGUGAGAGUGAGCAAGCUACAAAGAAGGGUGCUGCAAAGUUGGCGCUGCCAGUCCGGCCGCUCCCCGCGUCAGCUCAUGGUCUCGAGAAUUUUUGCUCCCCUGACGCACGGAAGAAGGCUGAGCGAACGCCACUGUGUGUGAUUUCACUCACUUCUGAGUUUUCGCUUAACGACGUGCAUAAAACCUUCAGCAAUGAGCCACUUGUUUUCUUCGAGGCUGGGGAUGCUCGUGAUAUCCUUCUUGGGGCCCUUCGGGGAAAGCUGGGACUAGAGAAGAUUGCAGACAAACUGAAGGACGACAAGGAACACAACGCACUUCUGCUUCGCGCCUCCAAGCAGGGCACCGUACACUACAGACUCGUUGGAGGCGUAAACACAGCUGAAACUCUCAGCUCAGUCUUACAAAUGGUUGUAUCAGGCGAGAUAUCCCUCACGAAGGAGCAGCCGAAGUAA